AUUUAAUGGGACGGUGGAGUACUUUAUUCGAACGCAAGAAAUGAACCUUCAAUUGACGAUGCCGGAGAUCGAUACAUGCACGGCCUGUGAGACAGCAAACGAGCGCUGUGGAUUCAGCCGAAGGAGAAACAAAACCUACUGUAUGAGCGGGCCUCAUCAUGGUCCCAACUUUAAGCUCAUUGUAGGCCUAUCCAGUGGUGGAUUUGUUGUGCUUGUAUUGGCAGCACUCCUCACUCUAUUAUACGUCAUAAGGAAAUCUGCGAGAGACCAAGAAACACGUGUGAAGGUAGAAAAGUUUCUAGCAACCUAUAAUAGCGAUGCGAAGCCAACACGAUACAGUUUCGCUGAUGUUAAGAGGAUGACCAAGAGAUUCAAGGACAAGCUGGGGCAAGGCGGAUACGGAAGCGUGUACAAAGGCGAGCUACCCAAUGGAAUUCCCGUAGCGGUGAAGAUGCUGGAGAAAUCCAAAGGCGAGGGCGAGGAGUUCAUCAACGAGGUGGCCACCAUCGGAAGAAUUCACCACGUCAACAUCGUCCGUCUCCUGGGGUUCUGCUCCGAGGGGUCAACCCGCGCUCUCGUCUACGAGUUCAUGCCCAACGAGUCCUUGGAGAAGCGCAUCUUCUCGAGGGACGCUAAAGAAGCGGACAAGCCGUCUCUGAGCUUGGAGAAGUUGCUCCACAUCGCGACAGGCAUCGCUCGGGGCGUCGAGUAUUUGCACCAAGGAUGCCAACAACGCAUUCUUCACUUCGACAUCAAACCCCAUAACGUUCUUUUGGAUGAUGAACUCAAUCCGAAGAUUUCGGACUUUGGUCUUGCCAAGCUUUGCUCCAGGGAGCAGAGCCUGGUGACCAUGACGGCUGCGAGGGGGACGAUGGGCUACAUCGCCCCGGAGAUGUACUCCAGAAACUUUGGGACGGUCUCCUACAAAUCAGACGUCUACAGUUUCGGUAUGUUGGUCUUGGAAAUGGUAGGGGGAAGGAAGAACCUUGAUCCUGAGAUCGGAAAAGAGAGCGAGAUCUAUUUUCCGGAAUGGGUGUAUGACAGAUUAGUUCAGAACCAGGAUCUGGGAUUGGCAAUGCAGAUGGAGGUUAAAGAGCAAGAAGAAAUCAUGAAGAAGCUCGUUAUCGUGGCUUUAUGGUGCAUUCAGUGGAGUCCUAUGGAUCGACCUUCCAUGACUAGGGUACUGCAGAUGCUAACAGGGAACUUGCAGAGCUUGCAGAUACCCCCCAAACCUUUCGUCUCCUCACUGGAUCAUGGAAACUGAUACAAACGCUGCAUCGUGACCGAUGAAGCAACCCAUGAGAGAGCAGACUGAAGGUGCAUGCUGCACAUUGUGACUUGCUCUUCGUAUAGUAGGCUAUAUCUAGGCUUCAGGCGUUCAUGUUGCGUAAGGUGUUCGACAAGGUCGAUCUCAAUGUAUUUGGUAUUUUACUGUUAACUUUGUUGUGUUGGCUCGAGAAGACUCUCGUUCUGGGCAGCAUUUCAACUUCUAUAAAGCUCUUGUUCUGCUUUCGCAA